UAGUAUUAUAAACGCUCAGGUCUAACCUAUUAAGAUAUAUUCACCAGCGUUAGGUAAUUAAUAUAUUUAGGAUUUAUAUUUUUGUUUUAAUAUUUCAAAGAAUCAAAGAAAAAUAAAGAAGGUACUUCUAAUGAAAAGAAAUGAGGUUGAUCAAUCGUACACUUGCCUCCCAUCUCCGCAAAUCAAGUCAACAUCGACCCAAGAAGAAUGACUCCCUGCGUCAAAUGAUUGAAUAUUACAGCAGGUUUUCCCCAAGCCCUUUAUCUUUACGGCAAUUUCUUGAUUUUGCCCAGAAGACAGGAGAUGAAAAAACUUCAUUUUCCUGGCUGCGACAGGAGUUACCAACAAGACUGGCCAACAUGGUGAAGGAAAUGAACAGACUACCUGAUGAGUUGUUGGUAAUGCCUUCAACUAAACUUGUAACUUCAUGGUACAACACUUCAUUUGAGGAAGUUAUAGACUUUGAUAAAAACAAAACUGAUGCAAAGAAUAUUGAAAGGUUCCAUAAAGUGUUGCAAGGUAUUAUUCAAAGGCAUCGAAACGUGGUUGAAACGAUGGCCCACGGGAUAAUGGAGUGGAAGGAGAAGUGUGGGAAUGACCAAUCCUUCCAUCAAACAUACCAGGAUAAAAUCCAAUAUUUCCUUGAUAGAUUCUACACGAGUAGAAUCGGUAUUCGAAUCCUGAUCAACCAACACAUUCUUUUGUUUGGUGAUUCUGCUGUGAGACACCCUAACCUAUAUGGGACAAUUGACCCAAAUUGUGACGUACCAUUGGUGGUAGAAGAUGCUUUUACCACGGCUAAGUUUCUAUGUGAGCAGUAUUACAUGGGGUCACCUGAGGUGAACGUUCAUGUGCAUAAUGUUUCUGACAAGGAAAAGGACAGUGUGACAAUCAUAUACGCACCUUCACAUUUGCAUCAUAUUUGUUUUGAACUAUUUAAGAAUGCAAUGCGUGCUACCAUGGAAAGACACCCUGAUGUUGUGGAUGUUCCUCCAAUCAAUGUGUGGAUCACUAAGGGAGGAUCUGAUUGCUCCAUUAAGAUCUCGGAUGCGGGAGGUGGUGCUGCUCGCCAGAUGACCACUAGAUGGUUUGAGUAUUUGUACAGCACUGCACCGAGACCCCCUCGUAGCGAGGAUGCACGAGUUACUCCAUUGGCUGGGUACGGGUACGGCCUCCCAAUAUCCAGGUUAUAUGCACGAUACUUGGGCGGUGACUUACAAGUUCAAUCCAUGGAAGGUUAUGGCACAGAUGCUUAUAUUUACUUGAAGUCCUUAUCAACCGCCGCUGUUGAAACUGUUCCCGUGUUCAACGCAACAACUACAGAGCAAUACAGGCGACCAAUGCUUACUGGUGAUUGGGUUGUACCGGCCAAUCAGAAACACAAACAAUUCAUGAAUCCGUUCAAUGGCAAGACAUGUAAGCAUUAAACCAAUGUACAACGAACAUGGUAUCUUACAUGUUGGUGGAAUGCCUCAAAUCAAGAAAUGUUGUUAAACCAUCUUUGCAUCGUUAAGUGCUUGGAUUUUUUCUUCAACCACUGAUUUCUACUAAACAACCACUUUAAUGAGUGUUUUAACUAUUUUUGUGUAAAGAUUUUUUAAAAAUCCUUUUGUAGAAAAAGCCUAAUCUAUUUCUCUGCGUACUUCCAUGGUGAUCUAAUCAUAAGGUCGUGAACCAACCCACUUGCGCCACCUGCUGCAUCAGCUUUUAGCAUUUUAUCUUCUGUGAUGUCAUAAUGACAUAGUUUCAAAUGCGCCAGUGUGUUAAUUGAUGCGUUUGUGUGCAAUUUCUUAUCGUCCGUGUGUUUUUAAUUCAAUAAUUCUUCUUUCGAUCAAAGAGAAGCUUAAACUGACAGUUAACAUUAUAUCAGCAUCCAUAUUUUCUUCAUUCUAUUCAAUUUUUUUGUCACUACUCUGUGCUUCACGAUCACCAAACUGAAAAAAACAGCCAUUAAAAGUUGUUUAAUGCGGUCUGUACUCAUUUUUAUUUUACUUUCACAAUUUUAAAGCUAUUGUGGUGUCUGUGUCCUGACGGUGCUUUCCACUAACCUCAAAAA